AAAUGUACGGCGAAUUAACCUUGACUGAACCAUCGUCUCGGAUAUUUUGUAUAUUCGCUAUUUCAGUGACGAUGAUGUAAUUGAUCAAGUUAGUCGACAUUAUGGGUCGCUUUGUAGUAAUAUUGUUGUUUGGAAUAUUGUAUCGCAGUGCACUUGCAAAAACAAACUUUUGGAACAACGAAGUAUGCACUUCGGAUAGGGACUGUUCCGGCUUAACAUCAUGUGAUUUAACGUUUGGGUGUACGCUGUCUGGUCCCAAGGUGGGUCUGGUGAUGCUUGGUGUUUUUCUGGCACUUUGCGCAUUGCUAAUUGGUAUUGGAUGGCUGUGUCGAAGACACUUACGGUGGAAUAAUUUCCGUCGACCGCACAAUCAGUAUUUGCCACAAACAGUAGUCACAACAAAUACGCCAGCAUGGAAUCAACAACCAAUGGGCAUGACUACCACUACAGUCUAUCCGCACAAUCCUAAUCCGAACCAAUUUUAUGCCGAUUCCGUCAAUCCACCAGCUUAUAAUCCAUACUUAGCGGAUCCUCACGUCGGUCCUGGAAUAAAUGUUAAACAAAUGCCGACUGCACCAUACCCACCAGCUGGAUAUUCGUAAUUUACGUGAAUCACAAACCAUUUUUCAUAUCAUUUCUAACGCAUUGAAGCUGAGUGUGUUAUGAUACAUUCAAGCUGUUGAUUAGAAUUCAUUCGAAAUUUUCUUUUUAUUUUUUUAUUUUUGGUAUUCUGUGAUAAUUUGGUUUACAUUGAUUGGCGCAACGGAAAAAUUCAUUAUUUUUGAUGUGGAAAAAUGACUACACACACUCGAAUACAAUGUGAAUUUUUGAAAAAGAAUAAAAAUAUUUUCACGAAAA